AUGGGGAGAAGUGGCAAAAGGGGUAGAAGUGGCAAAGGGGGUAGAAGUGGCAAAGGGGGUAGAAGUGGCAAAAGGGGUAGAAGUGGCAGAUUGGUAGGAAUCACAAACAGCAUAUGCAUGGGGGGACAAAAAAACCGAUCCGGGGGUGACACCCACGCGAGAGACGAGAACGAAGAAGGAGAAGAAGAAUCCCCCGUGAGAAGCCUGCUAGUGUUCGACGAAAUUACGAACACAUGGAACAUCCUGUGGAAGUACGGGAGCGUAUCGAUUAUAAAAAGCUACAGCAUAGAUGGCGAGGGCUCUGCAUCUAGGCAUGUAGCCCUGAACGAUCUGCAAAGCAUUAACAACCUGUAUGAUGAGGUGACCACUGGUGUGGACUACGUCAGUCGUGAGGAGAAGUGGGAUCUCAUGAAACGAAAAAUUUACAAAAAAUUUGGAGAAAAUUACUUUUUUUUAGACAAGGACGGUGAUGGGAUGAAUGGAAUAAUGAGCGGGAGGAAAUCGGAAGAGUUGCAACGAGAUAAAUCAGGCAGGGGUGUUGAAUCCAUCGGGGAAGUUGUCUCGAAAAUGGGAAAGAAGCUAAGGGAGGCACACAAUGGUGGGAUCCGUGUUAAGUGUGAACAGGUUUGCGAUAUGGCUCAUGAUGCAAAAGGUGGAAAUGGGAACAGUCUGAGCAUCGAACGGGGAAGUGAGAAAAGUCUGAGCAUCGAACGGGGAAAUGUGAACAGUGUGAGCACCGAACGGGGAAAUGUGAACAGUCUGAGCAUCGAACGGGGAAAUGUGAACAGUCUGAGCAUCGAACGGGGGAGUGUUAUUCCAUUUGGCCAAUCACCAAGUGAGUGUCCAUCUCUCAAAUACGAACAGGAGAAGAGGUUUAGAAAAGGUGAACAAAGGGAGAAGAGGGGUCGAAACAGUGUAGGGGGUUUUGGGCAAGGAAAAGAAGGCGCCUUACAGACAGGCGACAUGGAAGAGACCACAACGAAGCAGUCGAAGGGGGAAAACGGACUGACCUCGAAGAACCCCGCAGCAGAAGUGGCAACGCCAAAUGAGGAGGAACGGAGAGAACUGCUUCGAAGAAGACAGGAAAAUAAAUUGAAGGAACAGCUAGAGCGGAAGGAAAGGAAAAUAAGAAGAGAGGAAGAAAAGGAAAAAAAGAUGCGAAUGAGGGAGGAGAAAAAGAGAAUGCGAGAAGAAAAAAAAAAGAUGAAAGAGCAGGAAAGGAUAAAAAGGAGGGAGGAAAAAGUUAACUUAAGAAAGAUGAGGAAGUUGGAAAAAUGGGAAAAUCUGGAGAGGCUGAGGAGGUGGAAAAGGAUGGAAAAGUUGGAGAAGAUGGAGAGGCUGGGGAGGUUGGGAAGGCGGGAGAGGCUGGAGAGGCAGGAAAGGCUAGAAAAGGUGGACUUGAUGGGGAGGCAGGAAAGGCUAGACAAGGUUGACCGGGUUGAUCGGGUUGACCUGGCUGAUCGGGCUAACCUGGCUGAUCGGGCUAACCUGGCUGACCUGGCUGAUCGGGCUGACCUGGCUGAUCGGGCUGACCUGGCUGAUCGGGCUGACCUGGCUGAUCGGGCUGACCUGGCUGACCGGGUUGACAGCGCGGAGAAUCUGAAGAGCGUGAAGCCCAUCAUUGGAGAGGGGAACUCCUUUAAAGGGAACUCUUUUGCAAGCAAGCCCAAUUCCGCCCCUGGAAAAGACGAAGGCAGUUGCCCGGACCGUUCCAGCCAGCUGGGGGGGGAGACCUACUGCACCCCAGACUACAUCGCCAGUGUUGUGAAAACGUCACUACAGGAUGAGGAAAAGAAGAGACUCUUCCUGGAGAAGAAGCAAAAAGUGCUGAAGGUAAUGCGGAAGAGUGUUCAUGUCCAGGGGCGAGUGUAUUUGGACGUGGGAUACGGUGAUGAGGCAAGUGGGGACGGGGAGAGCGAAUGGGGAGAAGGCGGGGUAGACGACGGGGUAGACGACGGGGUAGACGACGGGGUAGACGACGGGGUAGACGACGAGGUAAACGGCGUGGUAGACGGCGUGGUAGAUAGCGUGGUACACGGCGGGGGCGAUGAGUGCCACAAAUUCGGAGAUGGCGCGUCUCCGAGGAAGGCAGGCAGCUGGGUAGUCUCGUGGGUCCUCUACGGAAGGACUUGCAGGAAGAGGUUCCCGAUUGAAGACUACGGUUUUGAGAAAGCCAGGCAGAUGGCGGAGGAGUACAAAAGGGAGCGAGUGAACUUUAUUUUGAAUAGCGUCUCUGAAUAUGAUACCUACGUUAGGGAAGUUCUGAGCAGUGGUCCGGAGGAGGGAGGUGCGUCGUGCGCGUGGAGUGCGGGGAGCUCAGGCGAGUCGGUGGAGGAGGUGGCCGAAUGGGACGCGCGAAGAGGUGGACCGGAGAUACACCACCGACAGCUGAUUGAGUUCUGCUGCGAACUCCUAAAAAACCCAGUGAGCGAAGAGCAGUGGAAAAAUAAAGUAAAAUGGAUCCAAAAUAAAAAAAGCUGGAAUAUUGAAAUUAUAAAAAAACAACAAAAUAAAUUCAUUAGAGAAAAAAUUUAUUAUUCAGAAGAAAAAUAUGGCUACAUAAUUGGCAAGUGUGUGGCUGUGUAUGAUUACCUUAACGCAGAACACAACCUUUUGAAAAAUUAUUUCGAUGUGAAUGUAGAUAACUUACAAUAUGAUAAUAAAAGACAUGCGUGGAAAAUAUCUGGAUACGUUCCUAAUCAGCUGAACAAAAAAAAUUAUUAUUUUGAUGUGGGUGUGUAUGGAUGGAUGUACUCGAGGAAGUUGGGUCUGUUGUUGGCAAUUUAUUUGAAUACAAGAAGACCUCUUCGAGGAGGUGAGGAGAUGAUGUUAGGUAGGAGUUGUUCUUUGGUGAAGGAUCUUCAGGAAGACUCCGUGGAGAGGAGAAGAUUCCUUUUUCGAGAAAAUAGUGGAGGGGAAGAAGGUCACUUUAAAAAGGUGGCACCUAAAUUUCGUGAUUAUGUGAAAGGGGCAGACUUCCGCUCAUCCGGUAGGCAGCUUGACCUUGUCCCUUGCAAGGAAAAGCGCGUAAAAUAUUUUCAUGCGAAUGGAGUUGCGGAACACACAUCGAAGGAGUGCGCGCGGGGUAUUGAAGUAGAAGUAGGCGAUUCCUCUGCUGCUACAGGCGAUUUCUCUGCUGCUACAGGCGAUUCCCCUGCUGCUAUAGGCGAUCCCUCUGCUGCUACAAGCGAGGGGAAGGGGUCACCAAUUAGCGGCAUCGCAUCCAACCCCGGGGAGGAAGAAAAAAGGGGCUACUCGAAUGCGCCUUGUGGGCCUCCGGAUCGAGCUUCGGAAGAUGGUCAGCCUGUGAAAAUGGAUCGGGGGAGCAGGGGGGGGGAGGACAAUCGCGAUGGUCGCGAUGGGCGCGAUAGGCGAGAGGAACAGGCCAAGCGAGGGCGGAAGCGAAGGAAGAAGGCGAAGGGAGAUGAUGAGAGAGUCCCGAGUUGCUCAACUGAUGAUGAGGAUGCGACAAACAAAAGGAGACAAUCCAAAAAUGAAGAAAAAAAAAUAAAAAGUAAAACAAUCACGGAGAACGGAACGGACCUAAAAAAAUUCUACGAGACGGUCCACAACAGAAAGUAUUGCCAACUGAAGGAAAUGCACACAUGUAGUGAGAAGGAGUUGUUAAAUUUUCUCUCCAAUGAUAACGACAGAGCCUUGUUCUUGAUGGAAGAUAUACACAUCCAAGGAGAGGACGAAUAUUAUUUGAUCAACAUUUUGGAAAAUUAUUACUACUACAACUUGUGUCGGAAAAUGCUGAAAGUGAGGAAGAGACUGUUCAUGUGA